AUGGCGGCUGCUCUCAAAUUUCACAGUGAAUUGAUCGCGUCUGGAGGCACGGAACUACUCCGAACCAUUCGCUCUUUGUCAUCGUUGACACCCUAUAAGGGCUACUUCCGGCAAGUAUUUCUCAUGACAGACGGUGAGGUUUACAACACUAAAGAAGUUAUCGACGCUGUCAAAUCACAAACAAAAGAAUCCCGUUUCUUUACCGUUGGAAUCGGGUCCGGGGCUUCUACGGAACUAGUGAAAGGCAUUGCUCGCGCUGGCCACGGAAAAGCAGAGUUUGUAAUGGAAAAUGACAAUUUAAAUAAAAAGGUUAUGUCUUUGCUUAAACUGUCAAUGCAACCGGUUGUUAGUAACGUUUCUUUAGUUGCUAAAAGCGGCCAAGAGAAAUUCUCAUUCACCCCGGUGCCAAAACACAUGCCCAGCAUUUUCUCCGAGGAACGUUUCAUUCUUUAUCUCAUUCUCGAUAAAGUCGACAAGGACCUCAAAUCAGUCACUUUGACGUUGUCGGGAAAAGUUGGAGAAGCAAGAUUUUCACAAGAUUUCACGGUUGAUUUUGACGGUAAGAAUAUAGUUGACAUGUAUGUCCACCGGCUGUGCAGCCGCAAAAUGGUGCAACAAUUGGAAGAAGACGACUUGGGUGAGAACGAAGGAAAAAAUAAAGAAGGCAUCAUACGCUUAGCAACUGCAGCCAACUUGGUUUCCAAAUACACGGCCUUCCAGGCUGAAUGUGAUAUUCCAAAUGCAUAUUGUGACGUACAAAUGAUGUGUUGUGCCAGCUUUUCGCUUCCGAUGGUGCCCCAAUAUUUUUGCAUGCAAGCACCAGGAGCUACAGCCUUUUUAGGGGGUGCUAGUCAGGCUUUGAAGUCACGUGAUGUUAUGGUGGAUUAUACGUCUGAUGAUGAAGAUGGAAGCGAGAACUCCAAUGAUUUCAUGAUGUCCAUGCUAUGUGAUAAAUCCCAGGAGUCCAUCGAACCGGCCGUCGCCAAAGACACUUUAAUGUAUUUAAUCACAUUACAAACUUUUAUCGGCAGCUGGAAACUAGAUGAACAUCUGGCUGGGUUCUUCCACAUGCCACUUGCAGAACUUCAAAACAAAAAACCAACUGUAAGCGAUGAAAUCUGGGGUACUGUACUUGCUGUCGUUCUAAUGAGGCAAAAAUUCUGCCAACAGAAACUCGAAUGGGAAUUGAUUGAGAACAAGGCAAUUCGUUGGCUCGAAUCUCAAUCACUGGGACAAAUCAGUCUUGGCGAUCUGUUUGCAGCCGCUAACAAAUUAAUGCCAAAAGACUAA